AGCAGCAGCAAGUGAAGGCAACACACACAAACAGACAACAGCGCCCCCUGGCUGCGCGCACGACCCCUGCAGGACGCUGGGAAUAAAAAAAAAAAAAAAAAAAAAAAAAAAAGCAGCUUCAUCCUCCUCCUGCGAUGCGAGCAUCGUUUUUGGUGGAGCUCGGGCAUCCUCCCAACCCCCCGACGACACCCAUGACUACCGACUAGGGUCGCUCAUCAACGGACAAAACGAGACAGAGGGAUACACGGACAGUAUUAUGGCCAAACACCGUAAAGACAGAGACAGCUGGGGUGAGUGGUCCCUCGGUGACAAAAAUGUCUACGACUGGAGCUCGGAGGAGGAAGAGCCGGACGGACGAGCCCGGCCCGUGCAGGUGCUGCUGGUCAAAGACGACCACACCUUCGAGCUGGACGAGGCGGCGCUGAGCCGCAUCCUUCUCUCUGAGGAGGUCAGAGACCGCGAGGUGGUGGCCAUCUCUGUGGCCGGAGCUUUCCGCAAGGGCAAGUCCUUCCUCAUGGACUUCAUGCUGCGUUACAUGUACAACCAUGCAUCUGAAGUCUGGCUCGGAGACUCAGACGAGCCUCUGACCGGCUUCUCCUGGAGGGGCGGCUCAGAAAGGGAGACCACCGGGAUCCAGAUCUGGAGUGAGGUGUUCCUGGUGGACAAGCCCGAUGGCAGAAAGGUCGCCGUGUUGUUAAUGGACACGCAGGGCACGUUUGACAGCCAGUCGACGCUGAGGGACUCAGCCACCGUGUUCGCACUGAGCACCAUGAUAAGCUCCAUGCAGGUUUACAACAUCUCACAGAACGUGCAGGAGGACGACCUGCAGCACCUGCAGCUUUUCACAGAGUACGGCAGACUAGCUAUGGAGGAGACUUUCCUCAAACCAUUCCAGUCCAUGAUUUUCCUCGUCCGAGACUGGAGCUUUCCGUAUGAGUUUCCCUACGGACAGGAAGGAGGCAUGAAGUUCCUCGAGAAGAGACUGAAGAUCUCAGAGAAUCAGCACGAGGAGCUGCAGAACGUUCGUAAACACAUCCACUCCUGCUUCACCAACAUCUCCUGCUUCCUGAUGCCUCACCCCGGACUCAAAGUCGCCACCAACCCGCUCUUUGACGGGAGGAUUAAAGAGAUCGAUGGCGAUUUCUUAAGCAACCUGAAGGUUCUGGUCCCGUGGCUUCUCAGUCCUCGUAACAUCGACGUGAAGGAGAUCAACGGCAGCAAGAUCACCUGCAGAGGCCUGGUGGAGUACUUCAAGGCAUACAUUAAAAUAUAUCAAGGUGAGGAGCUGCCACAUCCAAAAUCCAUGCUGCAGGCCACAGCAGAGGCGAAUAAUUUGGCAGCAGUCGCAGCCGCGAAGGAUCUGUACAACAAGAAAAUGGAGGGGGUCUGCGGGGGUGACCGGCCCUUCCUGGCCCCGAGCGAGCUGCAGGCCCGGCACGGCGUCAUCAGAGAGGAGGCCCUGCAGGUGUUCCGGGGCGUGAAGAAGAUGGGAGGCGAGGAGUUCAGCCGGCGCUACCUGCAGCAGCUGGAGGGAGAAAUCGACGAGGUGUUUGUCCAGUACAUCAAGCACAAUGACUCCAAGAACAUUUUCCACGCCGCCCGCACGCCGGCCACCCUGUUCGUGGUCAUCUUUGUCAUGUACGUGGCUGCGGGCAUCACGGGCUUUGUGGGCGUGGACAUCAUUGCCAGCUUGUGUAACAUGAUCCUGGGUCUGGCGCUGAUCACCCUCUGCACCUGGGCCUACAUCCGGUACUCCGGGGAAUACCGAGAACUCGGCGCCGUCAUCGACCAGGUGGCCGGCGCGCUGUGGGAUCAGGGGAGCACGAAUGAGGCUCUCUACAAGCUGUACAAUGUAGCGGCCAAUCACAGGCACCUGUACCACCACGCGUUCCCCGGGCCUCAGAUGGAGGAGGUGGCGGAGGAGCAGGACAAGAAGAGGGACUGAUUAGAUAAGACAGACAGACAGAGAGUAUAGCAGGGACUUUCGUGGUGAUGGACAGGAGGAGGAGGAGGAGCUGGAGGAAGAUCCUCACCCAUCAGGCACUCUUUUAUUCUGGUGUUGGCUGGUGCUUGCCCACCAAUACAUCCACUACUUUAAAACCUAAUAAUGGACUGUAUAACGUACAUGUAUAGGCAAAAGUCAGAGCGUCUCCUCAGUGAGUGUCUGCUUUCAAGCGAUGGAUGCCGUUUGUCGUUGUCUCUCACUUUUUUGUCUGGAUAAAAAAAAUAAAAUCACACCUGUACAGACACCGUAGAGGCUCUGCCACAUCCGACCUCCAGUCAGCUGAUUUCAUAUCAGACGGGCUUUUGUUUUGUUGUUUUGUAGUUUUUUUCUCUCCAUCGUUUGUCACCUUGAAGACGACUUUUUCAGAAAAGUAUAGCCAAAUCUGUGACAUCCGCCCCAUUUGUGACGAUUGUUCUGUUCUUUGAAGUUUAGUGCCGUUUCUAAGAUAUCUAUGACCCGCGAUGUUUGAAAAGCCAAAAAAAAAUAUGAACUGUAUGUUAAAUAAUGAAGCGUCAUCAGCAUGGUAAAUGGUUAAUGUCUGUCAUCUUUAAGCUCUAAAACCAGGUAUUCUUUAUUAAAAAAAGAGUUGUAAUGGUUGUGACAAAGUGGUAUCGUGCCAUAACAUGUAAAAAAAAACAAACAAAAAAAUCUUGUACUGCAGCCACGGCUUCGCGCAGACCCCCCCGAGCUCGGAGGAGGCACGUUUAUUAGUUGUAUCCAGUCUUGUUUUAUUUUGGAGCUCUGGAUCAGGGAGCUGCUUUGUGCUGACUUUCAAAAUAAGAGCACUGGGUGUAAAGAGUUACAAAAGUUUACACAACACAGCUGACACAUCUCUACACUUUGUAGUCCGCUUGCAGUUUUUGUAAUUUACGCAGUGAUCCUCUAUGAUGUGUGGGGGUUUUUAUUUUUUAGGUGGUGUUGGGAGUGUGUUUGCUCUCCAUUGUGACGUAGAGGUUUCGGUGGGUGAAAACCAUUGUUGUGUUUCUCACUGAAUGUUCGAGCAAAUCCGAGGAAUGUAGCUAUUCUGCGGCCACUGAGGAAUCAAAGCUAAAAGUUGUUAUUAGGCGGGGCGAGCGGGGCCUGUUUUUUUGGAGAAGGAUCCUCAUUCCACAUCUCUUCCAUCAUCAUCUUCUCACACUUAAGCUGAAUCAUCUGUAAAACAAAAAAGAAAAAA